CAGAGUCAGCACUCCAGUUCCCCUCAUCAAUAACAACAACAGUCCUGCUGAACUGCAGUUACUGCUGCUGCUGGAGGAGUGUAUGAGCUGUGCUGAAGUAAAAAUGAAGAGCUCCCUGGGGAUCUGUCUGGUGAUCUGCUCUGCUCUGAUCGGACUGGGAUCGGCCAUUCGGUGUUACAGUUGUAAGGAUUAUACAGCCAGCUGCUCCAAACAACGAGACUGUAGCUAUGACGACGCCUGUCUCACACUCAACGAGAGAGGUGGGAUGACCUACCGUCAGUGUCUGAAGUAUUCAGACUGUGAGUACAGCCGCCUGGCCCAGAUGUUCCCCCAGGUGUCCAGUUUCACCUUCAAGUGCUGCAACUCUGACCUGUGUAACUCCGCGCCCUCCUCUGCAGCGAGCUCUCUGAUUGGUCUGCUGGCCUCUGUGGUCGUCAUGUGGUGGUGCGUCCACUGAAGAGUCAACAGUCAUGUUCCUGCAGUGCUGCAGCGCCCCCCAGUGUCUGCAAACACACAGCGCACAUAACACUCGCAGCUUCUCCAAUUGACACUCAUUCACCACAUUCAUAUUCAUCCAUUCAUCCCAGUCAGUCAUUCAUCACGGUUCAGUUUGGAUCAAACAGGCAGAAGACCGACUUCACGUUUCAGAUAUUUUUCAUGUGACAUAACAAAUGUUUAGAUUUUAUCUCGACAGUGUGACGGUUCAGGAACCUGAGGGGCGGAGCUUACAUGGUUUGACCUCACUGAUUGGUCAAACACAAACACCGCAGAGAUUUUAUUAUGUGAAAGCAAGACUGCUCACACUCAUGGACUCAGUACAGCUGCCACAGCUUGACAUUUAUUUUGAAAAGAAUCUCUACAUAACUUCCUGGCUCCAGUUCCCAUGAUGCAUCACUGUCAUUACGUAAAUGUCCUCAGAUGAUAGAGUGAAACUAAAGCAGGAGAAACGGUCCAAUCAGAGCUGAAUGUGUGGAUUACCUGCAAACAUCAGGCAGGUGAAGAGAGGCCAUGCCCACAUCCACAUGAGGUCUACAGGUGGUUUCAGCAGUCUGAGUCCGUCUGUGUGAACAGGAAGUGAGUGAACGAGUGAGUCAACAUCAGCAGCUGAUUGUGUCAUGAGUCAAAAAUAAAUAACAAACUGUUUCAUCCGUCUAACAGACCUGCUGUUCAAGGUUCUUCAUUAACAGAACCUCCGGUUCCUCUGGUUCCUGUGGUUCCUGUGGUUCCUGUUUGGUGACAGAACAAGAAAGUUUCCUCUUUAACUCUGUUUGAAACGACUGACUUGAAACCAGCUUUACGACACUGCCUGCAAACAACCAUGAUUUUAAUAAAGUUUUACAAACAGGAAA